GGAAUGGACUGUUGAGUGGAACCUUUCGUCCUAUCGCUUCUUAUAACAAGGGGAUUGAAGCCGAUGACAGUUAAUCAAAAUGCCUGAGGAGAUGGCGGAUGGUGGGAAAAAGCUUGUAAUGCUCGACGACCUCAUUGAUGCACUGGAUAAGCGCGAGAGAGCGCCGAGCAAUGUCCCGAAGGUUGAUACUUUUCACUUCAAGAGAGAACGGGUGUCUGACUGGCUGGACCUGACGGAGCAAGCAUUGGUGGGGCUGUCGGACGAGGUCAAGCUCCAGCGAGUCCUAAGAUAUGUCCUUCAUAGCCACCAUCAGGAAAAGGGCAAGGUCGUGGAUGCCGCCAAUGGUAGUUGGGCGAGGUUCAAGGACAUGAUGCAGAGAAAGUACAGGUUGGGGGAUGGCUUGCUAACCAUGGCGGAUUUGGAGGCCAUGAACAAGGAGGACUUCUCCACGAUUGGGGUGUUUGUGCACGAGUUUAAAAAGAAGGCGCGGAAGGUGCACGGGAUCUCCGAAGAAACGCAGUGUGCCAUAUUCUUGGGUGUGCUUACUGGCUCGGAGGCCUCGGAGCUGACGGGUCACGGAGGGGGAAAGGAGAGCAAUCCGGAGGGAGAUAGAACCGGCGACAACACGGACAGAUCCAAGGAGGGCGAAGAGGAAGAGGAAGGCGAAGGAGAGCCGGCCACAGUCCUCCUGGGGAGGAUGGAAGAUCUGCUGGAAAAGGUGGGAAGGUACCAGCGGAAGUUGCAGGCCCUGUGUGAAGAAGCGCGAGAGUGGGAGGCCAAUCUGCUUGAGGUCUUCCUCUACGACUCCGGAAUUGAGCCUUCGCCAGGCCAACAGGGGUACCCAAAAGUGGUGACUGUAGGGACGGGCCCUAGGUCAGUGGAUCUGGUGAUAAAGAACCAGAAGUGCACUGGGAUGGUGGACACGGGCGCAAAAAUGAAUAUCAUCAGGGAGAAGGAGGCGGUGAUGAUAGAUAUGGAGAUCGACCGCUCGGACCAUGGCAUGCUGCAUGGCGCCAACUGCAAGGCCGCCUUUUGCGGCACGGCAUCUAAUGUGAUUAUAGAGAUUGGGAAGGUGCGAGCCAGGACGUGUUUCUUCGUCAUGCCCGAUGUCGAUCGUCCCAUCCUUGUGGGAAGGUCGUUCUUGUGUCGAACGAAGAUGUUGAUUUUUAAUAAGCACGACGGGACAAUGAUCCUGCUCCUAUGCGACCCAGCAUGCGGGAACUAUGAAGUUGUCACCUGCCGAAACACGGGGCCGGGGAGCGGGAGGAAUAGGUCUAAUCUCGGCUCGUUCACCUUCGAGGAAUCAGAGAACGAGCGAAGACGGCUUUGGAAAGUGCCCGAGGAGGAGGAUAAGGCUGAGGUGUUGACACUGAGCCUCACAGAUGUGAAUAAGGCCAUGGAGGUGGUGUCGGCUCAUGACAUGGCGGAUCCGGAGGCCAUUAAGGCAUUGAGGGAACAGGUUUUGGAGAACCUUCAAGUGGGAGAGGUGGAGUUGGUGUAUCGGCUUCCAAGAGGGGGAGGAGGCCCUGCAAUGGCCCAGGCCCGAACGACAAAUAAGAAGUGCCGCCUAGUUCCCGUGCUCGUCACGGAGGAUGAGGAAGUCUACUACGAGCGGGAACGAGGAUUGAUACGGCGUAUGCGGGAGCACGCGUUGGCCGGGCCGUGCCGUAUCAACGACGAGAAUGAGGGGAAGUUGAUAAUCGGGGAACCCGACUUCCUGUCGCCCCAGGAGAGAGCGUUGAUGGUGGGACUGAUGAAGAAAAGGCACCGUGCAUAUGCGUUCAAUGACGACGAGCGUGGGAGGCUAGAUGUGGACAAGAUUCCGAUGAUACGAAUCCACACUAUUCCACAUGAGCCAUGGAAUCUAAGGGGUGAACGAUACCCAAAUCCGGAUGAGGAGAAGAAGGUGGUGGACCACGUGGACGGCAAGAUGCGGACGCACGUGGCCGACUAUUCCAGCAGACCGUACGCGUCGCCUUGGUUUUGUUUUAUUAAACCAAAUGGGACGCUAACGUGGGUGCAGGACUUGCAGCGGCUAAAUGCGGUGACAGUGCAGGACGCGGGAGGGUUGCCGAACGCAGACGCGCUGUCAGAGUCGUGCGCAGGGAGGCCUAUAAUCUCGCUUAUAGACCUCUACUUUGGGUACGACCAAUUCCCUGUAUACCCGCCAGACAGACCCGUAACGACGAUGCACACACCCAGAGGGUUGAUUCACAUGAACGUGGCGCCUCAAGGUUGGACGAAUGCAGUAGUGGUGGUGCAGAGGCAUAUGAUCAGAGCCAUGCAGACGGUCAGCCCACAUAUCACCCAACCCUAUAUCGAUGACCUGGCGGUCAAAGGUCCGAAGGAGAAAGAAGACGAAGUGAUGCCCGGUGUGCGGCGUUUUGUCUGGAAACAUGUCCAAGACAUCGAUCAGGUUCUGGGGUUAUUGGAGGAACAUAACCUGACGACGAGCGGCCCCAAGUUGAAACACUAUAUGAGGGAGGCCACGAUUCUAGGUUUUGUCUGUAAUGAGAGUGGGCGAAGGUCUGACGUAAAGAAAACAGACAAGAUUCUUGAGUGGUCGGUGCCCUUCCGCUCGAUAACGAAUGUGAGGAGCUUUCUUGGGAUGUGCGGAUUUUGGAGGAGCUUCGUGAAGGACUUUGCCACGAAGACGGAGCAUUUAAGGAAGUUGGUGCGCCAGGAUCAGGAAUGGGUCUGGGGCGAAGACCAGGAAGAGGCAGUCGGUAGGAUGAAGGGAGAGUUUAAGGAAGGGGGCUUGGUAUUGGGAGCGCCAAACUAUGAGGCCACGGAGGAAAGGCCAUUUGUCAUUGAGACGGAAACUGGGCCAACUGCCUUAGGAGGAGUCCUGAUUCAGGCAGAUACUGAGGGGAAGGAGAGACCGCUAAGAUUCGAAAGUCGUACCCUCAAUACAACUGAGAGGAACUACUCUCAGUUCAAGAAGGAAACGCUGGCAGUACUUCAUUGCCUAAGGACCUUCCGGAACUAUGUUUUUGGUAGGAGGCUCAUCUUGAGGGUGGACCCUACUGCACUGGCAUGUUCCCUGAAGAAUUAUACUCCAUCUGACCCAACCGUCGCAAGGUGGUUGACCUACAUUUGGAUGUUUAAUUUCGAGUUGGAAAGGGUCCCAGGGAACAAGAACAGGGCAGAUGGGUUAAGCCGCAUCAACUGGGACGGAUUAGACGAGGGAUCGAUAGAAGACGCCCCACCAGUUGAUGGGUUUUUGGACCAAGAGGAGGACGUCCGCCUGCAUAUUAAUGAGUGGUCCCUACGAGUACCCAGCUGCGUCAGCCACCCUAUAUGGCUAGCGCCAAAGGGGUACGAGCAGAAGGAAAAGUUGGUCCUCAAGCCUUUUCAGGAGGAGGAUCCGUGGGGGAGUAAGGAUGUUGGUUGGAUGAUGAAAUUGGCAUUGGCAAGAACGUACAGCCUGGUGGAGGAAAUGAGGAUGAUAGAAGAAAGCCCCAGUCAGGUAGAGGAGCAUGAGCAGCUAAUGGGAGGGAUGUACCUGCUCGCCAAUACGCUCCUGCAAGGAGACUUUGACCGGAUGGGCUCGUUCGGUCGUGAGGAAAAUGAGAUUCUAGUUCCUGAAAGCCAGGACGACGAGUUCGAGGAAGGAGAAAUCAAGGAGGCAUUUCGGGUGGAGGAGUACGAUGGGAUCUACCGGGAAUUGGGGUUGCUCCUAUCAUGUGAGAUGAGGGAUAGAGAUGCAAGUGCCAAAGCCCAAAAGAUGAGGCACCUCUACUUAGUAAGAGAUGGUCAUCUGUUCAUAAAGCGGCAGGUCGGGAACCCCAAGAGGAUCGUAUGUGGGAGAAACCGGCAAAUUGAUAUCAUAGCAGCCCUACACGAUGAUAUAGCAGGGGGGCACAGAGGAGUAGGUGCAACGUGCGUGGAGAUAAGCGAGCUCUACCAUUGGGAUGGGAUGCUGACGAUGAUUAUCAAAUACUGUCGGUCUGACUUUUCGAAGACAGCCAUGCAGAGAGGCGGGAGGGACGUGCGGCCACGACAGAGGCCUCAGGGAGCAUCAGGAGGGGAUGACUCGCGCAGACCAUCUGAGAGGGAGUCUACGCCUGUCUUCAACGAUGAUAACAUAGAGCUCUUUCUGGACUCCUACCAGGCACAUGCGGCACGAGAGGGUUGGUCCACCUUGGAGAGGAUACGACACCUGAGGGGAGUUGGGCGUUUUGAGGAGCCUAUUGUGCACAUCCGGGAGGAGGCUUUGACCUGGCAGGAUGUGGAGGCGAGGAUGCAGAUGUUGAGGGCUUCGUCAUUAGGACCGGAUGGGCUGCCUAUUCGAUUGGAGGAAGGCAAUCUGGGAGCGAACCAGAGCGGACCGACACGGUAUGAGCCAGUAGAGGAUGAGCCAGAGGAGGAGCCACCUGAGCCGGGGCCCGAGGCAAGGUCUCGUGGGACCGGGGGGCCGCAGACCGAGGGGGUUAUCACUGUUGGGGAUGAUACCCCUCCUCCUACCCCGAUUCCAGAGCAGGUGCGGCAGUAUUGGCCUGAAGGAAUUCCUGAGCCGGACAGUGAGGAGAUGUUGGGGCCUCCAUCGGAAGCUACUAUGACACCUCCGACACGGGCGGGGCCAGAGGAGGGCGAGAGGGCGAGGACACCUACUACUGUGGCGCCGCAACUAACUGAGCCUACAGGUGCACGGAUGGAUAUGGAGGUGCCGACCCCUGGGGAACCUCCGCCAGGGCUGCCACCCACAGAGGAGGGGACAAGUGAGAGAGACCCACAGCGAGAGGCCCAUGAGGCGCGGACAAGGAGACCAUCAGGGGAGACGAAAGAAGAGAAGCGCGCGAGGGUGCAGGCCACCGCUAUGACGAUUGAGGUUCCUGGGGACAAGCCGGCGCAGAGACCCCAACCUCCAGAGGUGGAGGGGGGCCUCACAGAGGAGUCCCCUACGAUCCUCUUGGAGGUGCAGGAGGGUGCCCUUACGGGAGCAGCGGCAUCCACUGAGCCGGGGGUAAUGGGGGGAAAGGCGUCUCGACUGAACGAGUUGGUGGCAGCUCUGGAGCUGGACAUGUCGUCAGGAGGGACUCAUAGGCAGGAGACACCGGAGCGCGUGCCAGAGAUAGGGGAGCUGAGGACGCAGUUGGGAUCUUGGGCUACUGGAGCUGACUCAGGAGAGCACAUCUCAGAGCAGCAGCAGGAAGUUAUGAGCGAGCCGGUGACUUCCGUAACCCCCCAGCCUUCUGACCUGCAUAGGGGCGAGGGGGCGACUGCGAUGGGAGGAGUCCGCGAGGGUAGGCCACUGAGAUUGGACAAUCCAGCGUACCAACCUGAGGAAGAUGAGAUGCUAGCAGGGCCGAGUACCCAGAUGAUGGAGGCAGGACCGACAGAGUCAUGGAGUAUGCCCCAGAGCCACGAGAUGAGCAGGGAAACUAGUGAGACGCCGCCGUUGCCUGGGUCCCAGAAGAAGAAGAGGAGGUGUCGAGGGAGAUCAGACGAUCAGUGCUUUUUCUGCAAGGACGACAUACAUAGGGCUCUUGAAUGCCCGAAGUUCCUUAAGGACAAGGCGGCUGGGAGAGUGACAAAGAGUGGUGGAAGGAUAUACGACAGACAGGGGCGAAUGGUAGAGCGGGCUCCAGAUGGGGGUAGGGCACAAUUGUAUAGGCAGAACCAGGAGGCCAUGAGUGAGUAGGGGCUGGCUUGUCUAUAUGACAGUAGGACUAGAGUUCCUCCGUACCCAGAGGUCGGGUUCGAGAUGUACGUACUCG